AUGCGUCUUAUUUACUGGAAGGUUGUAGCGAUACUACUAAGUACCGUCAUCUUCCAGGUGCUAAACGUGGAAGCAGUGCAAAUGAUUGACGUAUCGUGUCCAUCAGCUCAGGAAGCUACUCUACUAAUCUCGGACCGUACUGCAUCAUAUCAAUGCUCAAACAUAAUUGAGCCACCAGUACCAAUGGAUAGCAGUUACGUUCUGGUGAAUGUACUUGUUGAUACGCUAACAAUAGAACUUCAAAACUCAAGUGUAGAAAUAGUAAAUAUUGUUUCUAAUGGGGCUACAAUGCCUACCGUAACGCCGUCCAAGCUGGAUUUCUCAAAGUUUAACCAGCUUAAGAGUCUGACAUUUGCCAGGAUAGCUAUGGACAAUGUUGAGUUAACGAUUCCAAACGUGACAACCGACAUACAUAUAAUCAAUUCAACCAUCACGGAUCUGUCCCUACCGCUUCGCGGCGAGGCGUUGAUUGAAAUUGAAUUGAAUGGCACAAUUGUCCCAAAACUGCCAAAGUUUCUCUACGAACGAGAUUUAGGCAGCAAUAUAGCCAUAACGGUGGAUCUAUCUUCAAUUAGUGGAGAUAUUGAACUCAAUGCAGAGCAGCUCAUUGUUUUGGAAACUAACGCUGGGACUCUCUCGAGUCAGGCUUGGGCACACGUGUACAGCACUAAUUGCCGCCUGAUGGACAACCCUAGUAUGACUGUUUCUGCUGGAAGCAACAAAAAGACAGUGUCGUGCGGCUCCGAAACAUUUGGUAGCACUUCUGCCACUCAAAGCUCUACUAAUCUCGCCCUUGGCGAUGAUUCUGGGUCUCAUUAUGUGGAGUCGGGUGAUACCAGCGGUGGCUUAUCCACCGGGGCUCUUGUUGGGAUCAUCGUUGUAGUUGUCGUGGUCGUUGUAGUAUUUGUUCUCCUCUUUAGACUGUACUCCAAGCGCAAACAUGACAACUUGAAUUCUCAGAACAACGAAGCUACGGUGACACUAAUGAGUAAGGUCGACGCUGUCGAUAAAGGCUCAUUCAUUUCGAACGAUGAGCUCUUGCGCAACUAUAGGUUGCCCCAAUGUGACGUGACACUCGUGAAAUCUGCGGGAACGGGCCGUCUUUGGAUGGGCGAGUUUAACGACAGGAAAGUGGUUGUGAAGCGUGUGGAGUCGGAGGUGACCGAUUCCCGCGUCACUAAAGCCCUAAUGGCCCAGGCUCGUAUUUUCGCGACUAUCUCGCACCCAAAUAUUACGAGUCUGGUGGGAGUGACCUGGUUGGCUGGCACGGAUUUUGCAGUGGUGACUGAGUUUAUGGAGAAGGGCAACCUGAGGACUGUGCUAACAAACACGGAUGUAGACUUAGCUGUUAGUACAAAGCUGCAGAUGUGUAGUGAUGUGGCGAUGGCGCUUGCGUAUUUGCAUGCGACCGAGCAGAACCUGUGCACAAGACAAUUGUCUAGUCGAAAGGUACUUGUUGACAAGAAUAUGGACUGCAAGCUCAGCCUUUUCGAGUGCGUCCCAAGCUCCGCAAAAUUAGGAGGCCCGAGUACUGCAGCUAAAUUCUCUUAUGGCAUGGGCGAGGUUGCAUGGCUGUCACCCGAGGUGAUUACUCGGUCGUUUCCGAUUGACGCGCGGAAAAGCAAUAUUUACGCGUUUGGCGUCCUGAUCAGCGAGGUUUUUACACGGGUACCACCGUAUCAGUCGCUGGUCAAGGAAAUGGGCAACACCCUGGCCGACAUUGAGAUUGUACAGCGUGUCCGGCGUCAGGAGCCUCUGUUACCACACGAGCACCGGCAAGGAUACCUCGCAGCGCCAGCAAUUGUGCGGCAACUGGUUAAUCAGUGCCUAUCGUACGCGCCUAUGAGCCGACCAACGGCGACAAAAGUCGUGGAAGUUUUACGCAACGCAAAGAGGAGCUAG